GAAAAACUUUGCCACUAUGUUUAAUAGCGAACAAGAAUAAUUUGAUUAAUUGUAGGAUCUUUACAACUUACGAAUCCCGAUUGCCUCCUAUUUUUACACACGUGUACCAACCUAACGCUAUUAUACAAGUACGAAUAAUGGCGGGCAAACAAGAAUCUACUAAAAAAUACGUCGUAGCGUGACCGGCUAGUGGAUUUUAGUUUCGGUAGCCCCAUCUGAAUGCACCCAUCGACUGCAUGAAAGGAAAUUAAACAUAUUAUAAGUCAAAAGCAUUUCUAUUUUAUAAAUCAUGGAUAGAUUCUUAAACAUUGAUUGGAAUCCUCCAUUAGAAGAUAUGAUAGAUAAUACUUUCAUCAACAUAGAAAGAUUUGAACAGGAGAGUGUUAUGCAUAAAAUUUUGAAUGGGAAUUUCAAUGAUCCAUUUAAUGAUAUUAUAGAUGAAUAUAAAGAAAUUAAAACUGAUUUAAUGAGCGACAUAGAACCUGAGUCUGAUGAACAAGGUUUAGAUGAUAGUAUUGAAGCUAUUGACAUGGAAAAAAAAAAUAGGUUAAAACAAUCGAAUAACAUUAAGCGUUCGCGUUAUGUGCCUUGUAUUGUUAAAUCAAAGUUUCAGUUUCCUAGGCCAUCUAACUUAAAUAAAGAACAGCAAGCAUUGUGUUUAAGAGUGUUGUUAAGAUUUUCAGAAUCCGAUAAGCCAAAAUUAACUCAACCAGAUAGAGAAGAAUUACAGACUUAUAUGAGUUUACAAAGUAUAAUAUCUCGAGAGCAAGAUGAAUUUUUAGAAUUUGCUAAAAGCAAGUGGCAUGAAAGAUUAUUGAAAAUCACAUGCGAAGAUUACAUUAAUUUACAUUGGAGAUCAAAGUUGCAGUACAUUCGUAACAUUCCUAGGUAUUAUGCUGAAGUUACAAAUGUACCAUUUGUAGCAGAUAAAAACAUUGAUGUAAAAUUUAUUUCUGACUGUUUGCAAAGGGGUCAUUUACCAAACAUAGUACUACCAACCUUUCACAGUUCGUAUAUGCUAUGCAUAAGCUCUGAACAGUUACAAGAAAGGUUUCCUCCUAAAACCUAUGUUUCCAAGGAAUCGCCAAUUUGUUCUAAAUUACCAGUAAGUGAAGAUACAAAUUGUCAAGAAUUGGCUGAAAAUAAUAAUGUGGAUUUAGUAAUUUCAUCCAGUGGUCUUAAUUGUUUAGUAAAUAACAUUGGACCAAGUUCUUCGAAUUCCUGGAUUUUACCUAUAGUUAUAAAAAGGCAUAAUGAUAAAAAUGUUAUCUAUAUAGAUAAACCAGCACCACCAAGUGCAAACACUGUACCGCAUAAAAAUAAUUGGGUAUAUAAAUACAUUCUUAAAUAUUUCCUUAUUAAUGUCGAACAUCCUAUUUCGGAAAACACCGAAGCGUACUACGAUAAUAUAUUUGGCGAAGUUAAUUCCGAAGUAAUCUUGAGACUCGAAGAUGAAUAUGAAAACACUUCGUGUGGUAUAAACACAAAGACACACUUAAAUGUAGUAGGAGAAACCAAAAGUAUUGAAAGCAAUUUAAAACAACAAGUAAACACGAAAGAAAAUGUAUCGUACAAAUUGUUUUCUAUAGGGCCACAGUCCUCUGAACAAAAUGAAUUAAUGAAAAAUGUUAUCAAAGAAUACAAAAUGUUGGUGAGAACCAAAACAGAUGGAUUUGUGACUUUAGAAAAUAAUGUACAAAAAUUGUUACUAUUGGCGCCAAAACUAGAACAUCAAGUUGAUCUUGGUGCCGAAGCUGUAACAUUAGAAGAAUCAUUGAAACAAUGGAUAUCUCUGGUAUUUAGACCUUUCACAUUUCUCGCACGAGUUCGGAUAAAUGCAGAAACAUCGGAAAUAUUACAAGUGGAACAUCGUACAGCGAUGUCGAUAAGUAAUGAAAUCAAACGGCUUUAUAAUAUAAAAGUUGAAGAUUCUUUGACAAUUUUACAUAAUGUUGUUCAAUCUCUCGCGAACCUAUCUCCAGGCCGUUAUGUUAUGAGACACACAGUAAGAAAUGGUUCAUUUGCAACUGUUUAUAAAGAAGUAGAAAGUCCGGGGAAAAAUAUUUUUGAUAUACACACAGUUUAUGAUGAACAGUACCAUACUUUACAUAAUUCUCCUUGGAUUCCACUGGAUAAGAUAGUACCGACACCAAUGGUUAAACAUUUUGAGAGAAUGCCAGCUAUGUUUCAUCCAAAACUCAGUAAACCGUUUUUAAAAAACAGAAAACCCACAAAAAUAAAAGAAUCCAACACAGGCACUGUGCGCAGAAGUUUAAGAAAUAAAAAGAAAGAGGUAUUAAAUGAUUAAUUUAAAUGUAAAUGUAAAUAAAUUUUACGAUACAUGCAACAAGGUAUU